AAUCCCGUGAUGCCGAUCUGUCUGAUUGCUUUCCUGUGACUUCAUUGCUAAAGCGUAGUGUAUUAUUAUUUGCUAAUUUGCUUGUAGUUUUGGAGCAAUAUUAGCUCUCGUCGUAAUGCGUUAGAAAUUUAUCGAACAUUGCUAGCAGUGUUAAAAUAAAAAUACGAUUGACUCGAACUUAUCUUUGUAUUUGAUUAGCUGUUUCUCGACUAAACUAAUGAGACAUGUCAGUUGUGACUAAAUAAUAGGCUUACUAUUGAAGUUUAACUUUUCAUAAUGUCAAGCAACAUACAAAUAACAUAAACAAACUACCUACAGCUUGUUGUAUUCUGAAGCGGUUUUGCCAAUUUUAUACGGCUGAUAGGUAAUUUACAUAAUAACGAAAAGCUAUGGCUCAACCAGCUGUUGUUCAUGGUACAUACCGCAUUUCACAUAUUGCUGAAUGGUUUCACGCUUUUCCUCAUGUUGAUAUAACAUUUUCACAUGUAAACACUACAUUUGAUCCCACCAACAGUGCUUAUUUAGAAGCAUUAGGUAUCAUAAUUGCUGUUCCUGGCUUUUAUUUGAUAUUAACCCUUUUAGCAUUUUUGAUAUUUUUCUUGUGCCGAUGUUGUGAUUCAAGCUUUAAAAGGAAAAGAAAAAUCACUCCUCUCAAAUGGACUCUUGGAUUCUUUGCCAUUCUUUGUUGUGGAGCUCUUACUGUAGGAUUAUAUGGCAAUGAAACAGCUCAUAAGGGAAUUAAAAACAUUGAAUCUUCUACAAAAAAUAUUUCAGACGUUGUAAAUUCAGUUCAGAAUUUAUCGACAAAAAUUGAAUCACUACUCAGUGAUGAUGUCAAUCAUGAUUUAAAGAAGUUAGAAGGUCUCUUUGUCGUUAUUCCAAAUGCAACCCUUCAACAAGUUCUUGAACUCGGAUUGAGGCAAAUGGCUGACAAUGUUACCAUUGGCUUAAAUAAAAUACAUGACAUUAAUCAUAAAGUAGACAGCAUAAAUUUCCGUGCUUUUCCAGAAGUUAUUGAUGAAGUUGAAUUCAUCAGAUGGCUUUCAACAAUUGGUCUUCUAUGUUUGCUGAUUAUUUUAUGUAUUACACUCGUAUGGGGUGUAAUUAAACAUUCUCGUUGUUUGUUGAUAUUGUUUUCUGUUUUUGGACUAUUAUCUGUCGUGAUAUGUUGGGUACUAGUGUCACUGUAUGUUGGUAUUUGUGUGGCCGGAUCCGAUUUCUGUCUUGAUCCUGAACCAUUUUUGUAUCAGCAGACAAAUGGAGUUGUUGAAUCAGGAGUAAUGACAUACUAUAUGCAUUGUGAUGAAAAAUCUCAAGAUCCCUUUAAGAAGGCUUCAUCUGAUGGAAUCCAAGCUAUUAAAAAUUUGAAAAGUACUUUAGAACAAAUAAACAGAACUAUUGUUAAUGAUGUUGCUGCUCUUAUUCUUCAUGAUAAACUUCAAGUUAUUGAAGAAAGAAUAAAUCAUUUAGGUGAGCAAAUUAAUCAAACUGAAAAGCUUCUGGGCUCAAUCAUUGAUGUUGUGAAAUGCAAUUUUGUGAAUGGAGAGUAUAAGACUGGUUUAGCUUCAGCUUGUGUUGACACUCUAGAGGGUACUGCUUUUAUGCUGGUAUCAGCGGUUGGAAGUGGAUUAUUGUUCACUGUCUUAAUAUGGGUGGCAUCUCAUACCUGGAUUCAUAUAAGAAAAAAGCCUGCAUUGGAAAACAUCGAUGAAGAAGAUCCUUUCUUACCUCCAACUUCAGCCAUGGUGAAUUCCCGAAGAAACCGUGACACGUACGGAAGCACUGGUUUUCGUCCCCGUUCCAGUCAUACCCCUCCCCAGACCCCUUACUUCAAUACGUCUUUAAAUGGACAUUCUGGAAACCAUGACGAUCAUAAUUAUUUGCAUGGGCGUUAUACACCUCCUCCUGCGUAUGACCAGUUGUCUGGGGGCCAUCUCAUGGGGCAUGUGGGAUCUAAAAUGCACUACCAGGCCUGAAUGUCCAUUCCUCCCCAGCCUGAUGCCGACCUCACCUGCGCCACCAAGUUCUGAUUUCGGAGGAGGAUGCUUCAUCUGUGGGUCAACUGGAUCUGGACCUUUUAGUUUUUAUGCAUCAUUUUCAAUAAAUUUCAAGUGGGGCAGCUUUUGGUAAGGAAGACAAGAAGGAAGAACAAUUCCUGUUGAAGCCACAUUUUGCAAAAGAAGAAAAAUGAGCAUGAAUAUUUAAGUAAGCCUUAUAUUGCUGGUAUCAGUGUCUUCUGUCUUAUUGACAGUUCAAGCUCAAAAUGGGGUGCAUGCACUUUUAGUUGCCUAAUCAAAAUGAAGAAUAUUAUGCAGCUUUAUCUAGUUAAUCUUACGUUUUGCCUUCAGUUCUCAAGUUUAAUUUUGAGCUCUUUAGUUUAUGUGAUGCUUAAAUACCAGUACAUUGUCAGUUAAAUCUAGAUAAAUUGUGGUUUAAUAAAUGUGUGCGUGUGUGUGUUUGCUGUACAGUUUUUAAAAGCAACAAAGUAUUUCAUUUAUGUAUAACUUUUAAAUGCAGCAGUCUUGAAAAGCAUAGUGCAUUUUUAACAUCCUUAAGAAUUUUUGCAUUUGAUAUGAAGAAAUAUUAGAACAAUUGGUUAAAUAACCAGAAUUGUCAUUCACCUCUUAUUUUUUAGAAAUGUUGAUCGUUUUUUGUAUGUUAACUGUCACACGUAGAGUGAUUGCGAGUAGCAACUUAAUGCAGUGUCUUUUCUCCUUUCACUGCUCAAUGUAAAUAUAAAGCUUAGCAGUUAGUAUUUUGUUGUAUCAUUAAGAGUUAGGUAUUUAAUUAUAUCAUGUUGUAUAAUAAAUCCUUUUAUACAGCAUUAUUGAAAUAUAUUAAUAGAUUAAAGAAAGUGCAAGUGUUCAUCAUUAGUAAUUAUUGUUUUCAUGCUUCAUCUUCACUGUUUGUGUGGUUAAAAUUUUUGAAUGUGUAUUUAGAAGCAGAAUUUUUUUCCCCUUCCCAUAUCAGAAACAUUAUUUAUCAAUUAAUUGUGUUAGCAAAGCAUGUUUCAUCAUCAGAAUUAUGGCAGUUAUAAAAAUGUUGCAUGCAGUGUUAUGUAAUUUAUAAUGUAAAAAUAUAUUCUACAUGAAUGGAAGUUUUAAUUAUCAAUGUUAGUAAUGUUUUCAUUUCAAGUAUUUAUCUACCACACACAUGCAUUGCUUUAUAGAUUCAUCUUGUGAUUUCUAAGUUUUGGUACUUUUGUCAAAACAAAAGUAGUUUGCACAGUUUUUUCAUAGUUUGUAUGCUUUUAAUUUUAAAUUCUUUAAUUUAAUGCAUGUUAUUUAAAUCAUGGAGAGAGAUUUCAUAGCGUGCUUGUUUCAGCAAGUACAAAAGAAGUCUUUUUGUUGUAUAUAGACGUUCGUUCAAUAAGUACAAAUCUAAUAGCUCAACAAAUGAUAUAUAUAUAUAUGUGUAUAAAUACCAAUAUAUUUUAUUCACUCAUGACAUCUUGUAUCUUUUCUAGACAAAGCAGCUAAUAUGCAUUUUCAAAUGUAUCACUUUUAGCAAAAAAACAGAAAAUAUGCAAUUUUUUACUUUUUUAAUUUUAUUAAAUAUUUUUAAGAUUUAAAAAAUAAAUGCAGCUUAACUUCUAAUGUGGUUAAAUUGAAAGUAUGGUCCCUGUUGAAAAUUAGCCAUUUCCUAAUGCAAGUCUAGUAUAAUAGCUUCUCAUAAAUAUAUAUAGUUUUCUGCACAUAUGCUAUUUCGAUCAUUUAAUUGAAAUUUGUACCUUUCGAAUUGCAAGCACCUCUAGAUUGAAGUAAAGCAUAAAAAGGGAUUUAACAGUGAUUAGACGAAAAGAAAAAAGGUACUUUUCAUUUGAAACAAUUGUUUCUUUUCAACAUUAAAACUUUAAUGUGAUUUUUUGCAACUAUCGAUCUUUUUUAACAAGAAAAUGUUUAAUAGGAUAUUGCAGUAAGCUGCCAUCAUUUUAACCAAAGAUUAGUUUAUUUGCUAUCUAUUUUUGUUUUCACUUAAAUAUUUAGUAUUGAAAAUUUUGAAGCAUCUUUUGCUCAUGAAAUUUUUCUAAAAAAUGCAUUAAAUUUAGGAUUUCUAAAAAUUGUGUAAUGUAAAUUUUUUAACUCAUUAGCACCAAAUUUCUCUCAAUAAUCCAAUUGCAUUAUAAUGGCCUUGUUAAAAAGUUUAUUGUGAAUAUUAGAAAAUGGCCAAUUUCAGUAGUGACCUUAGAAUAGAAGUAUACUAAAUAUCACUUUUAAAAAAGAUACAUUCAUUCUGGUUAUUAUAAUCCAUUCUACAGAGAUUUUGACUGUUUUGAAGGUUCACUGAGAAUGAUUAUUUUACUAUGGGUUGAAAUUGUGCACUGUUUGUGUUUCAAAAGUUUUAAAUUGAGGGCAAAAAUUUACAAAAAAAAAAAAAAAAAACCUUGCCUGUAACUAUUUAAAUUAUCACAAGAAUUUUAAUAUUCAAUCUCUCCCUUACAAUUUUUUGAAAAUUAUUGAAAUAUAUUUUGCAGUUUUAAAUUUAUUGCCAUAUAAGUGGAUAUUUUUCACUCAAAAUUUUUCCUGUUUUGAAAAAGUUUUCACUCGUAAUAAUCAUUAUUUGAUUUUCUUUCCCUCCCUUUAUUUUUCAUACAGAAAUAUUGUACAAUUUAUAUUACCUAUAAAGCGACCGUUUCUACAAUGCCACAUAAAAAUUAAAAAAUCAACCAUGUUCAUAUAAGAGCCAUAGGUGAAAGUGUAAUAUCUUUUUGAUUCUUUUAAAACUUAAAAAUUAUUAUUAAUUAACAGUUCAACAAACAUUUCUCACUAUACAAUUCAACAUACAUAUUUGUAAAAUUUUAUAAAAUUCUGAAAAUUGGAAUUUAUUUUUUUUAUUAAAGUAGCAUUUAUUUUGCCUUGUUUUGUAGUUUGAUGAAUGCUGUUGUAUGCAUUAAUGUGAUGUUUGUAUAAAUUGUCCUUUUUCUGUGAUAGCUCUUUGUUGAAUUAAUUUAUAACUUGUAAUAUAUCUACAUAUUUUUACGUAUUUUAAUGUAUUGUCUGAAACUUGUCUUUAUGUGCAACAAAUUUGUUACAAUUGAAUUAUAUGUAAAAUUUUAAGUUUGUUGUAAUUUCAAUGUUUCUGUUGCCUCUUUAAUUUCAAUGAACAGUAUGACAUGCUAUUAAUCAGUUGCGAAAGAUUCACAUUUUGACAAGGUUUUCAAUUUUGAAUACUGCUAAAAUCAAGCAAAAAGGACAAAUACUUUAAGUGAAAGAGCAUGCAGUGCAUGCAUUUUUUUAACUUUCGAUUAAACAUGCUUUCAUAGCUUUGUAGGGAAAAUUACAUCAACUUGUAAAAUAUGUGUUAGUAUUAGUUUUAUCUUCUAAAGAUAUGUUUUAAAUAUUUAAUUUUGAUAAUGGAUUGUUAAUUAUAAUUUAGUGGAAGGAUAUUUUGAUGUAAUAUUUUUUAUCCACAAAUAAGUUUAAAUUUUCCAAUCCAGUAUUUCUUGAAAGAAUGUUUGUUUGUUUUUUUUAUAAUAGUACUAUCAUUUUAUUUGGCGUUUCUUUCAAACUUUGUUGAUAGCAAUGAAAAAUGCCUGCAACACAGAAUGCAUACCAAUAAACUGAAAAAUAAUUAUUUUUGCUGAUAAUAAUUAUAUUGCCUACUAGAAAAAAUAAACUUAUAUUUGUUUUCUCAGCAAAAAAAAAGAAAAAGUGCAAAUAUAUUUAAGAAAUUCUGUUUUCAGAAUAAUGAAAAUUUUAAGUUGGUUAACCUCCAUUGCUUUUUGUAUUUAAAGCAUAGAAACAGUCUGAAAUACUGCAAUUCUUAUUUAAUGAAGUUUUAAGCAUAUAAUGUAUAUUAUAAAUUUGCUGUUCGCGGAGAGUUGUAUCAGUUGCAUAACUAACUAUAUUUAGUCUACACAAAACGUAAACCAAUGUUGAAUGCUGUUUUUGGAAUAUUAACAUUUUAUAAAAUUGCAUUUGGGCACUCAGGUUGUAAAGUAUUCCAAUAUAGUUGCAUAUCAUAAUUUUCAUGUUUUAAACCAUUCCUAAUCAAAUUGUGUGUAUAAUCAAAUCCUUAUUAAUUUAAUUUCCCUGAAAAUUAUUUUGUUCCUUGUUAAAAUUAUUUACAGUUUAAAAUGAAUUUAAGUAGUGUAAAAAUAAAUAUUAAGAUUUACUGAUUUGAAAAAAAAAAGGCAAUAAAUAUUUAUUUUUUAUUUUUAUUGUCCUUUUAAGAAAUAUUUACAUGAAUAAAAUAACAAAAAAAAGUUUAUAUAUGACCGUUGGUAAUUCUUAUUGUAUAAUUAUCCAAUUUAAAUAACUGAACUUCUUUGCAUAUUUGAGGACUUUUUGAAAUUUCAGAAAGCAAUUGAAUAAAUAUAACUUGAUUGCCAACAGAAGUUAACAUUCAACAAUAAGUUGGCUAUAAUAUUCUUGGUGUUGUAGUCAAUCUUCUAAAGUUGGCAUUAAAAUUCUUUAACACUGGUCUCUUAAGUAAACAUUCCACGUGACUCUUUAUAUAAAAUUUGUUCUAAAAAGCAUUUAUAUAUAUAUAUUUAGUUUCCAUUUUCAUAAAAGAUGCUGCCAAAUGAACAAAUAUAAAUUAAAUGCUAUCAUUUACACUUUACAUGCAUUUUGGACUGGUCAUUUUAUUAAAAUUUUUUAGGAAAUCAACUUUGCUCUAUUUUGUCAGACAAAAAUAUUGUGACGGUCUUAUAGAAAUGAAAAUUGUAUAAGUAGUUCCUUUUGUAGACAUUUUGUAUUAAUUUAAAUAUAAGUAUUUUUAAAUACAUACUUAUUCAGUGCUAAAAUAUUGAUGGUGCAUUUAUAAAAUUUUUUCAUCAUUUACUUGUAUUCACCUAAAAAGCUUUUACUUCAUUCUUUGUUGAAUAAUAAAACUUUUUAUAAUAAACCAUUGUAAGUGCAUUUUACCUCAGUGUAGAAAAAAGUAAAAAAUGCUUUUGUGUAUAAUUAAAUGUAGCAUUUUUUGAUCACUUUGAAAAUUUUUGCUCUUAAUAUUUGUCGCACUGUGCAGCUGUUGCCCAUUGGCUAAUAUACUGUAUGCAACUUUCCCGUUUUUGUGAUAAAGUUCUAUAUG